GGCGCAAUGACAGAGUCUCCAUCGUCAUUGCAAAAACGUAUUCUCAUGACGUAAAGGAAAUAUUUUUGUGAUCAUGUCAGUUCAAACAGCUCGCGAAUCGGAGUUAUGGAGCUCAUGUUAUGGCCGUUUAAUCAGAUCUUAGAGCCGCACGAGGUGAUCAGACAGAUGAACCUAGAGCCCAUCCCAGAGGGCAUUGAGGAGGAGAUAAUGAGUCAAGAAUCGACCCAUGGUCAGUACGUUCCAGAGCCGGAGCACGUGAGCGUGCACACGGUGAACACCGAGGGUUCGAGUUUCACGCCUCCGGGUGACGGAGGGCAGCAACAGAAUCAACCUGAGCCAGCGGGACAGCCGCCAGUUGUACCACCCCCACUCGUACCACCUCUAGUGAUGCCACCGUUGGCGAUGCCGCAGGUGGCCUACGAGCAGAUGUUCCCGGCCAUGAUGGCCCAUUAUAUGCAGCACAUGGCGCAGCUUAUGCCCAUGUUCCAACCACCGCCACCACCACAGCCGCAGCCGCGCAUCGUUACCUUCAAGACAUUGAAGGAUAAUGGAGCGGAAGAGUUUCGAGGAGACAAGAUGGGGGAGCCCCAGAUUGCGUUGGAUUGGCUUGAGCAGAUGGACCGGGUACUCAAGAAUUUGAGAGUCCCUGAUGCAGAUCACUCGGAGUUGGCGUCACAGAUGUUCCAGAAGGGAGCAUAUGAUUGGUGGAAGCGCAUUGACCAGGAUCCACACACGCCCAAGCCUUGGACCUGGGAUCACUUUGAUCGAGCUUUCACGAAGGAGUACGUCCCCACCCGGUACCGCGAGGAGAGGCGCGAUGAGUUCUAUGCGACGAGUCUGGUCUCCACUCCGGAGGAUCGUUUGAAUGAGUUCGUCAAGAAGCUACGGCCGGACUUGAGGCCGUACGCCGCGCUGAUCAUGACGACAGAUUUUAAUGCGGAGUAUGAUUUGAUUGUGAAGACGGAAAAGAGCUUGGACGAUUUGCAGGCGACCAAGAGGGAGGAUCGAGCGACGAAAGACCCGCGACCUGCGGCCAGCGCCGGGCCGAGCGGGAAGAGUUUUGGAUUCGGGGGAAAGACGUACGAGAAGGGAUCUUCGAGUGCGCCGCCGCCUAAGAGGAGUAAGUCGAAGUCAUCUCUGUCGGCCGCCGCUAGCAACGCGAUCAGAACGAAGAGCCACCCGCAGUGUGUACAGUGUGGUAGGCAUCACCCGGGCGAGUGUUGGCUCGCCAAAGGCUUAUGUUUGGGUUGUGGUAAGCCAGGGCAUUUCAGGAGGCAUUGCCCGACAAACCCUAGCAGCGAGCCUGUUUUUCCUAGAGCUCCGGAUCAGCCUGCCGCAUCGCAUCCAGCACGGAGUCAGCAGUCUACAGCCGCAAAUAAUCAGCACAGACCACGUCCGCAGCAGACAGGCCGUGCACCAGCGCGUACCUACGCCAUGCAGGGGCGCACAGAUCCUAAUCUCGAUGUUAUCUUGGGUACGUUCAUACUAUUUGAUUCAGUUAUGCAUGCCUUGAUCGAUCCGGGUUCCACGCUCUCCUAUAUCUGUGUUGACAUGCCUGCUAAUUCUGCGAUCGUGAGGAGUGACCGUGAGAUACCUACCGUCGUAUCAAAUCCACUAGGACAUAGCAUGCGUCUUCAUCACAUUUAUCAUAGGUGUCCGUUGUCCGCGCAAGGGAAGCAAUUCCCUGCAGAUUUGAUAGAGCUAUCCCACAAGGAGUUUGACAUUAUCCUUGGUAUGGAUUGGCUCACCGAGCAUAGAGCAGUGGUCGACUGCAGUAGUCGGACCGUAUGGCUGAGAGCCGAUGACGGUAGCAACAUGUCACUCUCCGGGGAGGUGUUCCCCGAGGCUCCCGAGUUCAUAUCAUCCAUGAGCGCGAGGCGCUUGAUUCGCAAGAAGUGCGAGAUGUUCCUGUGUCACGUUCAGGAUGUGCGGAAAGAAUCACCACGUCAGCAGGACAUCCCUACAGUUUGCGACUUCCCCGACGUCUUUCCCGAAGACCUUCCUGGUUUGCCUCCGCCGAGAGAGGUGAUCAGACAGAUGAACCUAGAGCCGAUCCCGGAGGGCAUUGAGGAGGAGAGGACAAAUGCAAACCCAAUAAGAAUUGAGUAUAGUCGAAUCCGCGGACAAACACAAACCAUGGAGAAGCUGAUGAUCAGAGUUCGGAGCAGAGAUGGCCUUGAGCGGGUAACGAUCGGCAACCCACAUGCCACAAUCGCGCAUCUCAAAUCCGAAAUCGAGGCUCAGCUCCGAGUCCCUAUUCAAUCGCAAACCCUUUCCACAAAUCAAAACCUCUUGCUCGCCAAAACCCUAGAUGAUUUGGCCCAAUUCACGGACAUGUCUAACCCACUCGCCCCAAUUUCUUCUGUCAACAUCGGCCAUGGCUCCAUCAUAUACCUGUCCUAUGAAGGGGAGCGGACCGUACCGGGUCCAGCAUUCAACCCUGCUGGGUCAUUCGGGAAGAAGAUGACCAUGGAUGAUCUGAUCGCCAAGCAAAUGCGCGUUACCAGACAGGAAGAAUCACACUGCGAGCUCGUGUCCUUUGAUCGAGACGCAGCCCAUGCCUUCCAGCAUUACGUCAAUGACACCCUUGCGUUUGCCGUAAAGCGCGGUGGGUUUAUGUAUGGGACUGUGUCCCCAGAAAGGAAAGUGGAAGUAAAUUUCAUCUAUGAGCCGCCACAGCAGGGGACAGAGGAUAGAUUGUUGCUUCUGCGCGAUCCUGAUGAGGAGAAGAUUGUGGAUGCAAUUGCUGUGGGGUUGGGUAUGAGGAAGGUGGGAUUUAUCUUUACUCAGUCCGUUACACAAGACAAAAAGGAUUACACUAUGUCGAAUGCGGAAAUUCUGCAAGCUGCUGAGCUGCACGGGGAGAAUAACUUGAAGGAAUGGGUGACUGCCAUGGUAAAGUUGGAGGUGAGUGAGGGUGGAGGCGCUGAUGUGCAUUUUGAGGCAUUCCAGAUAAGUGAUGUGUGUAUUAGAUUAUUCAAGGAAGGAUGGUUUGAGACAGAAGGCACUGAAGAUUUAGAUCCCAAGCUUUCCCGGAUGAAAAAAUAUGUUGUUGUCGGAGUGAAGGAUACAAAAGAGGUUGACAAUGAUUUUUUCUUGGUUGUAGUCAAGAUUUCUGAUCACCAGGGCCAGCUGGCAUCGACUUUUCCUAUUGAGAACCGAAAUGUUCAUGUUACAAUGAGGGCGCUGAAAAAUCAUUUUGAUCAAACAAAGAGUCUCCCAUUUGUGAAGCGCAUUUCAGAUUUUCAUCUACUGCUCUUGUUAGGGCGGUUUUUGGACAUCAAUGCCGAUGUCCCUGCAUUAGCUGAAUGCGUGAAAACACAGUCACCCGUCCCAGAGGGUUACCAGCUCCUUAUACAGUCCAUGGCUAGUGUUUCUUAAGCCACUCAAUCAAUCAAGAAAUGUGUGGAUAUGAGAUUAUUGGUUGUGCUGAUGAAAAGCCUGAAAUAUUUGAAUCUGCUUAAGGGGGCUUUGACAAAAGCCAAUCCAAACCUCAUUUCAUAUAUCCACAGUGGGAGGGUAUGCUCCCUCGGAUAAUGGUUUAUGCUUUUGCACAUUUGCAUCUUAAAUUCUAUACAAAGCUUCUGCUUACUUGGAUAUCCUUUAACUCAGCAUUUCUUUUCUAUUACUGGGAGUAUUACUCUUGUCCUAAUCAUAAUCUUUCACGCAAUUAUGUGGAACCAUUGGUAUCGACAUGGUGAGCCAAGCGGGAACCCUUUUA